GUGUGGACACCGGGUCCAUUGUCGCGCCCAUGGCGUUGGCUUUUGCCACUUUCAAUGCCCAAACUCGAGUGGCAGGGAAUCGGAUCUUGGAAAAAGCAUGGAAGAUGCCAGAGGGCUGGAACGCUUCGCUCGAUGCACUUAACACAGAGACCCGUGAUGCAAGUGGAAAGGGGAGCUACGACACCUCCAUGGUCUUGCUACAGCCGAGUGGUCUGGAUUUAAAGCCAUCUUCCUGCCACUACCACAGCUAUCUCCAAAUGUUCAAGCGCACAGAGGAGCUAGUUGAUAUCCUGAAGACCCAGACCCCGGAGGGUAUCAAAGGCAUUAUGGGACUUGGCGACAAGAUGUCGAAGAGUCACUUGGAGCGCUUCAAGACCUUCGAAAAACUUCCACCAAAGCAGGCUGUUUUGGCCCUGGCAGCGGAUGUUGGUGCAGAGGAUUGGAGCGAGGAGAAUCGGAAGUACGCUGACAAGCACUUGCGGAUCUUGUCAGGCCUCUAUGGGGUUUGUCGUCCCUACGAUGAUGUGAAGCCUGUCAGGGAUAUUCCCAUGAAUGCCAAGAUCAAGACCAAGAAAGGUUUGUACUUGACAGAAUUCUGGGGUGACUCCAUCACCAAGCAGCUAUCCAAGGAUUUGAAAGCCAUCAGCGAGGGCAACAAAGGUGGACACAUUCUUUUAGUGAAGUGCACCAACGACCAGUACUUUCAAUCAGUGCAAUCGCACAACUUGCCUGAGGGAACCACAGUCGUAGAGAUCGAAUUCGAGCAAGCACCAGAUGAUGUUGCCGCCAAAGCGCGUUGUAUGUUUGCCAAGUUCGUCAUUGAGCAGAAAAUUUCAACUCCAGAGGGCUUAAAGGAUUGGAAAUCACAGGAGUGGUCUUUAGAUGAACGAAGGUGUACGAUCCAAAAGGUCUUCUAUGUUUGGAUUGGAGAUGACCGACACAGGAAAAAGAAGUCCAAGAAGGAAGACAAGGAGAAAGAAAGGUCAGAUGCCUCCGGUGACAAGAAAAAGUCGAAGAAGAAGCCGAAGGAGAAGGAGGCUCAAGACUUUUCAGAUCUUUCAGAAGACGCCAAGCCGAAGGGCAAAAAGAAGAAGGCGGAGAGGGAUCGAACGCCUCCACAGGAUUUCUCAGACAUGGAUUCUGACGAGUUCAAAUCCAGAACCAAGAAGGGAAAGAAGGCUGCUUCGGACGAGUCUGGAAGCGGCAAGAGAAAGAAGGUGAAGGUGAGAAGGAAAAAGGACAGUGAGGAGCAAGGUCGAAAGACGACCAAGGAGACACGCAAACGCAGACGCGAAGAUGACUCGUCUUGAAGGGAAGACAGACCUUUGCAGUAGCCGCGUUG